AUGAAGUUAAUACUCAGAACCUCACUCUUACAUCUGCUCCUGUGCUGUGCAACCCACGUGUUCAGUUUCAAUAUCGUGGCUGACCCAGCAGCCAACAGUGAGGGUCUUAUAGAGGUGGAGCUGGAGACCACUGUGUCUCUGAGUUGUGGCGUUGAUGAUGCUGAAAAAGAGCUGGUGUGGCUCAGAAAUGGCGUCACGGUCACUCUGAAAGAAGAGAACAAGAAAGGCCGCAGCAGUGUGUGUGUUUCACCUGUCAUCCAUGAUGACAACGAUGCCACUUUCACUUGUCACAUCAAAGAAAACAGCACAUUUGAGGCUUCUGUCACCCUGAAUGUCACAUAUCCCCCAGAGCUGUCUGGGUCAGAGGAGGUUACAGUAGAAGAGGAGGCAGAGCUCGUCCUCCGCUGUGACAUCUGGGCAAAUCCACCAGUCUCAUCUGUGGUGUGGGUACAAAAUGGAAGCUUGGUGGAUCUAUUAGCAGGUGGCUUCAUUGUGAACACUGACGGCCAUGCAAGCGAGCUAAGAGCCACGAAAGUGGAGAGGAGCUUGCAUGUUGGCACGUAUCAGUGCACAGCACAUUCUUCCAAAUAUGGAGCAUUCACCAAGACUUUCCCUGUCACAGUAACAGAUAAGACCAUAAAGUUCCCACUGAUGCCCAUGAUUGCAGGAAUUGUGGUGGUGUUCCUCACUGCGCUGCUUGCAUUUGUUUCACGGUGGAGGACAAUCGUAAAGGUAACACACAAAACAUGCACAUAG